CACGAUCCAAACACAAAGUAGCGGUGUUAGCAGGCGUUUUAGACGAGCGCUGACGGUUCCACACAGCAGUACUUGCAUUUGCAUCGUGAUAAUCGAAGUCGUACUCGUUGUAGUACGACAUGUACGAACAUAUACAUGGCGAUGGUUCUCGGUGAAUGACGCGAGGUGAGCUGUACAUUGACAGGGCGGUUUUCCUUCUGCGGCUUCUAGAAUGUCUAUGACGGUGCGGGAGAGAAUUGGUCGAUUUUGGUUGGAGAGAAUAGUGGAAGGUUAUUUUCCUUGUUCAGCGCUGUUGCCGAAAUUCGUAAAGCUGGGUUGCAAUCCCUGCAAAGAAGCCGGACUACCAGGUUGAACAGCUGUCACGAAAAUCCCUACGAAGUUUCCACCUGUCAACCGUAUUCCAACAGAGCCUUCCUUAAGGAAGGUAAUGAAUCUUGCGUCAGGUCUGAAACAAACAGAAUACAGAUUGAUUAAUGGUUCCUUUCAUCACUUCACGCUUUCCACGCAUAACGCUUAUUAGCAAUACUUCUUGAAAUAUGCAUAGGUAUAUGUAUAUGAAAUGUCAUAUAAAUCACUUACAUUGGAUGUUUCGUUUUCUGUAUGAUUGGAUCGUCAUCAUACAUUUGCCUCCGGCUCCCAUAAUAAUCUGAAAUAGACAAAAGUUGUGAGAUGCGUUGUAAUGAAUACAGCUUUUUUAACCAUUUGCGGGAUGCUGAUCUUCAGGAAAAAACAGCACUCCAUGCAUCCUGAUGAUAUUCUGAUGUUACCACGAUAAUUAAUGGUUGUCUAUGAUUUAGGCUUAACAAUGAAAUAAGCAAAAAAAUAGCUCAACUUGCGAUGUGCAACUUUGGAUCGAGAACAACAAGCUGAAUUCCCCCAAAUAAUGGGACGUUUUAGCUGCUCACUCAUUUGAACUAACAGUGCUAUCACUUGUAAUCUUAUCUUGAU